CGCCGCUUCCUGUUUUGAGCGUUUGAAGAAAGAAACUCUGGUGUUUUAAACUCGUGCUAAGUUCAGUGUGAAAGUGGUGUUCUGUCGGUGCCGGGAGUUUAUCACCACCAUGUCCCUCAGGAGCAGCUGUAGUCCGCUGCUGCUCGUCCUUUUCUCUCUGUUUCUAACGGCUCACUGUAAGUUUCCCACUCUGGACCACAUCAAACCCGGAGCCAGCGACAAGGCGCAGAGUCGAGCCGUGGCGGAGCUGCUGAAGCGGCUGCUCGGGAACAGGUCCGCGGAGUUCAUAGUGUCAGUGAACGGGAGCCUGUCCAACCACAGCCGGGACGUGUGUGAACUCCGAUACACGAAAAACAACAAAAUCAUCGCCACGGGCAGCACAGGAGUGGCAGUGGCCACUGGUAUUUACAACUACCUCAAGUAUUUCUGCAGCUGCCAUGUUUCCUGGUCUGGAGAUCAGCUGGAUGUGCCCAGUCCUCUGCCAAAGCUCACCGGCGUCCUGCGCAUCAACACUCCGCACAGAUUUCGGUAUUACCAGAACGUUUGCACGUUCAGUUAUUCCUCUGUGUGGUGGGACUGGCCACGAUGGGAAAGAGAGAUCGACUGGAUGGCGCUCAAUGGCAUCAAUCUGCCACUGGCUUUCACUGGCCAGGAAGCUGUGUGGCAAGAGGUUUACCGUACUCUUGGGUUAAACCAGUCAGAAAUUGAAGAGUUCUUCUCUGGCCCGGCGUUUCUUGCCUGGAACCGAAUGGGAAAUAUGUUGAAGUUUGGCGGACCACUUCCACAGUCCUGGCACAUGAACCAGCUCUACCUCCAAUUUAAAAUCUUGGAGCGAAUGCGGUCAUUUGGUAUGAUUCCUGUGCUGCCAGCCUUCUCUGGAAACAUUCCCAAGGGAAUCCUCAGGUUGUUUCCAGAUGCAAAUGUAACCAGACUGGGUCCAUGGUCUCAUUUCAACUGCAGCUUCUCAUGCUCCUAUGUCUUAGACCCUCGGGACCCACUUUUCCUCCGGAUUGGUUCCCUCUAUCUGUCCCAGAUGGUGAAGCAAUUUGGGACCGAUCACAUUUAUAACACAGACACCUUUAACGAGAUGACUCCUCCCUCCUCUGACCCCGCCUACCUGUCCGCCAUCAGCCGCUCUGUCUUUGCCUCAAUGACUGCAGUUGAUCCUCAGGCCGUUUGGCUGAUGCAAGGCUGGCUGUUCUUCAGUGAUGCAGCGUUCUGGAAGCCAGCCCAGAUUCAAGCGCUACUGCACGGAGUGCCCCUCGGACGAAUGAUCGUGCUGGACCUGUUCGCAGAGACCGAACCGAUAUUCUCUUACACCGACUCCUUCUACGGACAGCCGUUUAUCUGGUGCAUGCUGCAUAACUUUGGCGGCAACAGUGGCUUCUUUGGCACAGUGGAGAGCAUCAACUCGGGGCCUUUCAAAGCCUUACAGUUCCCUAACUCCACCCUAGUGGGCAUAGGAAUAGCUCCCGAGGGCAUCGAACAAAACCCUGUCAUUUAUGAGUUGAUGACCGAGCUGGCUUGGCGCAAACAGCCAGUCAACUUGUUGAAAUGGGUGUCGCUGUACGCAAUACGCCGUUACGGCAGCACGCAAGAGAACCUGCCUGCUGCAUGGAUGCUCCUGUUUUCUAGUGUCUAUAACUGUACCAUGCCGCAUUACAAAAACCACAACCACAGCCCACUGGUGCGUAGGCCUUCCUUUCGCAUGAACUCUGACCUUUGGUACGAUCCAGCUGACUUGUACAAAGCCUGGAAGUUGAUAAUCGAGGCGGCUCCUCCUCUCAUGUCCAAGGAGACCUUCCGACAUGACCUUGUAGACGUGACGCGGCAGGUUCUGCAAGUCCUGACGACCUCUUUUUACCUGGAUAUCUUGGACGCCUACAAUAAACAAAAGCUGCCGGGCCUGAUGACGGCAGGUGGCGUGCUGGUCUACGACCUCCUGCCCGAGCUCAGUCACUUGCUCAACAGCAAUCGCAAUUUCCUGUUGGGUACGUGGCUCGAGCGCGCGCGAUCCAUAGCCCUGGAUGAAAGAGAGGCACAGAUUUAUGACAUGAAUGCCAGAAACCAGCUCACACUGUGGGGUCCCAGUGGCGAGAUCCUGGACUAUGCCAGUAAAGAGUGGGGAGGCCUCAUGGAGGACUACUACACCCAGCGCUGGGCACUGUUUGUCAACAUGCUGGUUGAGUGUCUGGACAGUGGACGUCCAUUCAAGCAGGACACCUUCAACCAGGCAGUUUUCCAGGUAGAAAAGGGAUUUGUUUACAACGGGCGGAGGUACCCGACCAAGCCUCAGGGAGACACGUACGAGAUUGCACGUAGGAUCUUCCUUAAGUACUACCCACAAGCCUUAGAGAGACUAUAGUGAGCGGAGAUGCACAGAGAGCCACAGCAAGAAGAAUGUCUCCCCCCCCAACACCAGUCUCUCAUCGCUGUCCCAAAUUAUUUUGAUGUUGAAAAACCUAAUGCUGGACUUGCACAUACACAUGUGGUGAAGGCAUCAUCUAAAAGCCUCCUCAUUCACUCACUUUGCUCACAUUGCGGGUGGCACAAGUCGAGAAAUGUUCAACUUUUCAAGCAGCGGACCAUACGAACUACAUUAUGUAAAUACUUGCUAGCCAAUCACGGUUCACAAUCACGUUUGUAUGUUCAGCAUAUAAUCUAAUCAUGUCUAAUCUGACAGACACUGCUCCACUAAUCUCCAGUGGCCACCGGUAGUAACAAGCAAUACACCCGCCUCCCGUCGAGCGUUGCCGCGAUGAGAACGUGUGAAUCCAGCUGAAACAGCCCUAAAUUUACAGGAAAAAUUUAUUCUGGACAUGUUGUGAAGUAACUGAAGAAAAUGUUGUUUUACUAAUCCACUAACCAGCCGUGCCUUAUGAAAGAGACAGAAGGUUAGAAAAUUAGGACAUUUUGGCCAGUGCUUAUGUCUGUUUGGCUUAAGGGUUUUAGGUUUAAGUUGAGGUAAGGUUUAGGUAAGCAACAGCACUUUUAAUAAGCACUAGGAAGUGUAUGAACAUUAAGAAACUAUGACUGUUAAUGAGGUAUUUGUGUUGUAUAAUUAGUAGUGAUGGUUCAACUAACCUAGAUGUACAAGUGUGCAUGCAUGUGAGCGCAUGCACAUCUUUCUUUGGUUGUGAUAACAAAUUUUGGCCAAAAGCCAUCAUUGUUAGGUAUGACGGAGUAUUAGGGCUAAACAGAAAAGAAAAAAAACCUUUAAUAUUGCGAUAAAGUCGCAAUAAUACGAGAACAAAUCAGUUGCAACCAGCGACAAGAUGAGAAACUCAAUUUUAAAAUUAAAUAGUGAGAGACAGUGUCGUAAUAUUAGGACUAUUCUCGAAAUGUUUGAUUUUUUUUUUUUUCUUUGUUUGGCCCUUAUACUCCGUUUAGUUUUAGGUUAGGAAUAGGGUAACAGUUAGGCAUUGAGUUAAUGAUGGUAGAGUUAAGGGCAGGGUUUCUCAGUCCUGGUCCUGGCUUUGUUAUAGUUAAUGUUUCCCCUGCUCCAACACACCUGAUUCAAAUCAGUCCGAUAAUCAGCAAGCACUACGGAAGCCUCAUAACGAGCCAUUAAUUUGAUUCAGGUGUGAAUCUGGUUUAGGGUAGAGAGCUCGUCUGUGAGUGAUCUCACACCUGUGGAAUGUGCAAUGUGUGCAUUUCCUUUUCAGGGACAAAGUUUAGAUAUGAAGCAGGUGUCAGAUAAAGAAGGGGUUAGCCUAGCUGGAUCUAGAUGUUGUGCCUUUUUUUUUUAACCAUUCUGAAGUCACUAAGUUCAUCUGUAGCAGUUGGACGUUUUUUAAUGUUACAAUUUACAGUGAGAGAGUCUGUGAGCUUUUAUAAACACUGGGAUUUGUCUGACAAAAUGACUCGUAUUACACCUUUUGUCGUCCCUAAAUGGUUUCUCCUUUUUAAAGCUAUUUUUAUAUGAAAACCCUAAUGUGUUAAACUGAGGCACAGGAGCAAUGAACAUUAGUAGAUGAGACUUUUUCACGCAUUUCAGUUGUAGUUGAGGACAAUUGUAAUAUCACUGUAUCGUAGCAGUCACUACACGAGCAAUAUUAUUAUUAGAAUCUGCAUUGUGUGUAAAUGGUAUUUUUGUAUUUUGAUGACUUAAAUGUCAUGAUUCUUCAAGCAUAUCAUUAAAGUCUCAUGACCACAUGCA